AUGACGACUCGUGUUGUUUUGGUUACUGGUGCCAACGGCUACAUCGGCAAUGCCGUUGCGCGAGCCUUCGUCCACGCUGGAUGGGUUACGUACGGCCUUGUCAGAUCUCCUCUGUCCGCGCAGAAGCUCGCGGCGGAAGAAGUCAUCCCUGUGGUUGGGAUUAUUGACUCUAGAGAGACCCACGAGAGUAUUCGCGAAGCUCUGCCAGCACGCCUCGACGUCAUCGUAUCUACGACCGAAUCACUGAAGGACUACGGGUUUCAUUUCGAGAACACGGUCCGCCUGCUUCGCCUUCUCAGUGCUUCCAGUACCGCCGCCGGGAGACAGCCGAUGGUCAUCUUCACCUCAGGGUGCAAAGACUACGGGAUAGGGCCACAUGUACAUGGCGAGGCCGGGCCCCCUCCGCAUACUGAAGAGACCCCGCUCAGACCGCCGCCUCCUGUGGCAGCCAGAACGAAUUUUUCGGUCAAGAUAUUUGACCAUACAGACGUUUUUUGGCCUGUCCUGGUAAGGCCUACCAACGUCUUCGGGAGGGGGUCGACUUAUUACCAGAACUUCCUCGCUGUCGCUGAGCAGAUAGCUGAUCAAGGGGGGCGGUUCAUCAUGGAGGCUCCGCCAAAUCAUAUCAUACACGCGCUACAUGUUGACGACUGCGCCGACGCCUAUGUUGCCAUUGCAUCUCACCCUCGAGUGGACGAGGUGCGCGGUCAGGUCUUCAAUAUCUCCUCAUAUCGGUACGAAACGGUGGACGAAAUCAGUAGAGCACUGAUUACCGAGUACAAUAUUCAGGACGACCCUGAAUAUGUCGACCCAAAGGGACGGGAAGCGGUACUGUGGAUGCCAAUGCUGGUCAAUUUCCCUCAAUGGGUUGAUUCAACCAAGCUGAGGACAGUCACGGGGUGGAAAGAUCGUCGACCAUUGUUUUCUGAGACGUUACAUGUUUACCGCCUAGCCUAUGAGGCCGCGAAGGAGGCAGGAGACGAGGGUGUCUUGAGGGUGCAGCAUCUUAUGGGCCGCGUCACCCGUCCACGAAAUCUUCUGUAA